GGCUACCCCCAUACUAGUGCUAACGGAGUUUUUACAAGCAGAAGUGUGUUACGGAUGUGGGUAACAACAUUUUGAUACAGAGUUCUGGAACUUUGCGCCUUCGUUGGGGAUGCAUAAUAAGGAGGGUUAAUUGGAGAUAUGAACCCAGAAGAGCAGACGGUUACGUGGCUGAUAUCAUUAGGGGUACUUAAUUCACCCAAGAAGAACAUAGCUGACCCAGAGGAAUUUCUGAAAACAUCUCUGAAAGAUGGGGUCGUCCUGUGCAAACUUAUGGAGCGGCUCGUGCCCGGCUCUGUUCCAAAGUACUGUCAGGAUCCGAGAAACGAAGCCGACUGCAUCGCUAAUAUCAAGGAGUUUUUGAGAGGAUGUACAUCCUUGAAAGUAGAGGGAUUUGAACCAGAGUGCCUGUACACUGGGGAGAACUUUAACAAAGUGCUGACCACUCUGCUGGGAGUCAACUUCGCCACCCAAGACUGUGGCACUGAGAGGUCAUGUCCCCAGUCCGGCACAUCCGCUCCUAGUCAGUCCACCUCUUCCCACACACUAUCCUCAUCCAAGUCCAAGUCCCUGCGCAGACCAUCCAAACCAGUGGAGAUGUCGGAGAACGGCGGGGGUGGGCUGCUGCUGGUGAAGGCGCGCUUCCAAUUCAAGCAGAAUAACGAGGAUGAGCUGUCCUUCAACAAGGGAGACCUGAUCGGUGUGUCGCGCCAGGAGGAGGGCGGCUGGUGGGAGGGCACGCUCAACGGCAAGACGGGCUGGUUCCCCAGCAACUAUGUCCGCGAGGUCAAGCCCUGCGAUAAGCCUGUGUCUCCUAAAGCCACUCAACUUACCAAGAACUACUACAGUGUGGUGGUGCAAGACAUUCAGGAGCAUGAGCGGGAGUUUGUCAAGGAGCUGCAGACAGUCUUGAGCUCUUACCUACGACCUCUACUGGCAAGCGACAAGCUGAGUGUUACAGACAGUGGCAUUCUGGGCGCUAACCUGGAGGAGAUCCUCACCUUCCAGCAGGGCCUGGUUCUGGCUCUGGAGGAGUGUACCAAGGUUCCAGAGAGCCAGCAGCGAGUGGCUGCCUGCUACCUCAACCUGAUUGGUCAGAUCAAGAUGCUGUACCUGUCCUACUGCUCCAGUCACCCUUCAGCUGUCUGCGUACUCACUGACCACAGUGAGGAGCUGGGUACGUUUAUGGAGAGCCAGGGGGCCAGUACGCCAGGCAUCCUGACCCUGACCACCAGCCUGAGUAAACCCUUCAUGAGGCUGGACAAGUACCCCGUCCUGCUGCAGGAGCUGGAGAGACACGUGGAGGAGGCCCACCCGGACUACAGUGACAUCUUGAAGGCAACGGUGGCCUUUAAGAGCUUGGUGACCCAGUGUCAGGACCUGCGGAAGCGUAAGAACCUAGAACUACAGAUCCUGUCAGAGCCAGUGAGAGGCUGGGAGGGAGACGGAAUGAAGUCUCUGGGUCACGUGGCCUACAUGUCCCAGGUGCACAUGCAGAAUGGGACCAAUGAGGAGAAAGAGGAGCGCUAUCUCAUGAUGUUUCCCAGUGUGCUCGUCAUGCUGUCUGCUAGUCCGCGUAUGAGCGGCUUCAUAUACCAGGGAAGGCUGCCACUGACUGGCUCCACGGUCUCCAGACAGACAGACGACACAGAGAACGGCCACUAUGCCUUUGAUAUCACAGGGAGCAUGUUUGAUCGUGUCACAGUGAUCUGCAGUAACCCCCAGGAACUGCAGGACUGGCUGGACCAUCUCAAUACCUACACCAAAGGCGGAAGCCCUGUGGGCACCAUAAUCAGGAACGAGGGGGGGAAACCGCUCAGUAUGGUGGGCACUCCCACUCACCAGUCGCACCUGCCCAUCUUCAUCACCCCCAGCCAGGGCAACCGGGGACCACUGGAGCCCCCCAAGACCACCAAACCCUGGUCCCUGAGCUGCCUGCGUCCUGCCCCGCCCCUCAAGCCCUCUGCUGCACUGGGCUACAAGGAGAGAAUGUCUUAUAUAUUGAAGGACUCCGGUAAAAGUCCGAGGCCCAUUAAGAAGUUCCUCCCGAAACGCAAAACGGAACGAAAACCUUCCGACGAUGAGUUCCUCCUGCGGAAAAGUACAGCUGCUCUGGAGGAGGAUGCACAGAUUCUGAAGGUGAUCGAGUCCUACUGCACAGGGGCCAGCCUGCAUCAGAACAACACGGCGGUGAGGAAAGAUUCUGUCCCUCAGGUCCUGCUGCCGGAGGAAGAGAAGAUGGUGGAAGAGAUGAAGAACAACGGUCAGACCAUCAUAGAGGAGAAGAGUCUGGUUGAUGCGGUGUACGCUUUAAAGGAUGAGGUCCAUGAAUUAAAGAAGGAGAGUAAGUGGAUCAAGCAAUGUCUGGAGGAUGAGCAGAAGUCUCGUAAGGAGCUGGAGAGAGUGGUCAGGAAGCUGGCCAAGCAGAAGAACGACUGUGCCUGGGAGGAUGGAGACCACUGAACAACCCCACACACCUAUCCAUUUACCUAUCCUGCAUAUAUGUGUGUGUGUGUGAGUAAGUGAGCAGUGUGUGACUGUGUGCAGUGUGUCCAUGCUUCCAUCUCUACAACACAGAAGGGUUGGAUUAAUUUAGCUGGACUCUGGUUGGAACAACUCGCUGUUCUGAUGCUUGGCCUCACAUGCUGAACUAUUCAUUAUCUGUCUUCCUAAUCCAACCCUGUUGGAGGAUUUUCAAGUCAUAACCAUGGGUCUUACUCAAGCACCCGGAAAAGCUAACUGAGACCAAUGGGAGGGGAAUAACCAGAAUUGAACAUUCUGAUUGGUUGCAUCCCUUCUGCUGCCACUGUAAUUGGUCAACACUGAUGGAACCAUUUUGGACAAAGGAUAAAUAACUAGUACUGCAGUGUCACCAGCUGCAUCGCCACUCUGGACUACUGUGUCUACAUUUCAAUAGGAAAUUUAAUGGGUGAAGAGAAGCCUUCUUUAGGUACAAUGGGUGUUUUCUUGCAUGCACUUGUUUCAGCGGGAGAGCGACUCGUUCCACCAUAACUAGGGCUCAUCUGUCCCACUCUACAUCUGUUACAGCAUUGUUUGGCGUUUGUUUGGUGUUGAGGACACCCCCGCAGCCUCGUGGGGAAAGAGAGAAGCUUGCAUCGAGUUUCAGUGAACACGAUUGGCAUUUUGCGAUUGCACAUUCUAGACGUGAGACUCUGCAUCUCCGAGAUAUUUUGUAGGCUUUAGCUUUUCAUUUCAGAUAGGUGAGACCUUUCCAUAGACUAUCAAAACGGUCUUCUAGCUCAUGGAGAGUGGAUUUCAAUACUGUUCCAAGCUGGUAUUAAUUUUUAUCGAAAAAGGUCCUUGACUGUGUACCUUACAAUCUGCAUGGGUGUACAGUGUUUCUAAGAUAGUAUUACGCAUUAGACAUGCUAAUCAAUAUAUAGUCCAAAGCUAUCAGGGAUAUAGAUAUUUAUAAACUGGGUGGUCCGAGCCCUGAAGUGCUGAUUGGCUAACAGCCGUGGUAUAUCAGACCGUAUAUCACAGGUAUGAGAACUUUUAUUUUUACUGCUCUAAAUACGUUGGUAGUCAGUUUAUAAUCGCAAUAAGGCACAUUUGGGGUUUGUGGUAUAUGGCCAAUAUACCACGGCUAAGGGCUGUAUCAAGGCACUCCGCGUUGCGUCGUGCUAAGAACAGCCAUUAGCCGUGGUAUAUUGGCCAUACACCCCAUCCCCUCGUGCCUUAUUUCUUAAAGUGUAUUGUGUAUAGAAUACACACAUACUUUCUUACCGAGACAAUUUACAAAUAACAAUUCAAUACAUGUACUAAUAAUUCAUAGCUUUGCUUUAUUCUGGGGUUAAAUAAUAUAUAUUGCUUAUUUAUUUUCCAUUAAAACAUUUAAUUGUGUAGAAAAGUGUAUGUAUAUGGUACUGGGAACCCACUUGGGGCGGUCAUUAUGGGUUUCUGCCUUUUUUAAAACUGGGCUGGAAUUCAAUCCAACCCGCACUGCAGAAAACCACCUCUACAGAAUGUUAACCUUGUUCUGGUGCCAAGGGGGAAAAGUUUAAGUGGUCUUAUUUAUUGGACAUUGUCCAUUGGGGAAGACAAAACAACUCAGUUUGAUUUUUAGAAUUUGGUACAACAGGAACAUUCUUAUUUGUUAUUUGUAUGUAGUAGGCUAUGUCCCACAUUUUGAGUUUGGUAUAAAUUCCAAGAAAGUGUCAUUACAUUUAACAUCAGUGUUCUGGGCCUGUAUUCACAAAGCAUCAUAGAGUAGGAGUGCUGAUCUAUAAUCAAGCCCCUCCUGUCCAUAUGAUCACUUUUAAUUAUGGUCUAAAAAGGAAUAAAUGAUCCUAGAUCAGCACUUCUGUUCUCAGACACUUUAGGAAUACCGUCCCUCGUCUCAUAGUCAUUAUUAUGCUUCCUUCCCAUAUUGGAACUAUUCCAGGCAGAGGGAAAUAUGUCCCCACUUUGAUUGUGUUGUUGGAGAGUGUAUAGAGUGAGUCAGUGUGAGUAGUGUAGGAGAAGAAGUGAUCAAGUGCCUCCUGAUCCACUUUACGAGGAGGGAUAAAUUAAGUGACAGGGAUUAAAUGGGUUUUCUAGCAAAUUGCCCAGGUUGGUUUUUAUGUCAUGUUUUCACAUUUCAAUGCGUUUUAUGGCACUGGUUAGAUGCUCAUGGGGAGAGGUAAGGGUAUUAUAACAAUUCAGUGUGGAUUCGGGCUUUGGUGCCUUAUGUCAGGGAUUUCCUAACUCUGUCCUAGCCCCCCCCCCCCUGAGCACGACACAGCUAAUUCAAAUAACCAUUUGAUUAUUUGAAUCCGCUAUGUAGUGCUAGGGCAAAAACCAGGGGGGGCCCCAGGACCGAGUUUGGGAAUCCCUGCCUUAUGUCAAGGCCUUAGGUGAGAAAUGAUUCAUUGCAAUCACAGUACUUCAUCCCAGGGUUAUAUGUAGUGCAUACACUGUAACACCUGAUGCCAACCUCCUACUGCACUGCAGAGCAGUGCACUAAGUGACUGCUUCAGUUUGACUGUUUUACUUUACAGCAGGGUUCCCCAACUGGCGGUUAUUUUGGCCCCCCAAGUAUUUUUUUUAUUUGUUAUUAUUAGAGUUUUUGUUGUUGGACAUAAGACUGUAAUAACAGCAUGAAAUCAGCACCAAUUGAUAAACAUUUCAGAUAUCUGUUCCCAAGUAUUCUCACGCAUAAUAGAGACCUGUGAUUGUAUACAAUGGUAAGGUUUUAAAUGAUGUUUUAGUCAAAUAUUAUAUCUGUUUGGGCUUCUUGUGGUCAACUUGCAGUCGAAACAUUAUUUGUAAGUAAGUUCAGGCCCCCCAACCAGACACUCAAGAAAAAGAAUCAGCCCGUGGCUGCUUUACAGUGUCACUCUGAAACGGUCAGUUGGGCAAUGUAGACCCAGGAUGCAUGAAGAAAUCAUUUGCAGUGAUGACUCCUCCUUUGCCCCUUAACCAAAAAGGGCCUAUCUCAGCAGUGCGUUCUCUCUAGUCAUGAUGGAUAGCAGCAUACUGGAACACACUGUUGUGUUCAGGUCCCACUGUCAAUGUCAGCUCAGUUCUGCAUGUUUUGUCACCUGUACAAAUGUCCUUCAGUAUCAUUUGUUCAUGUUUUAUUGCUAAGAUUAUUAUUAUUACAUCAAUAUUUGUAUUGAAUAGUUUUCAUACAGCGUUUUAUAAUGUUUAAUGCCUGAAAGCCUAAGUGAGCACUUGGAGAGAUAUAACCUAUCCCAUCCUUCUCAUCGAGACCUGUCAGACUGCUCCACGUCUAUCGUUUAAAAAAGUUAUUCUAUGCAAAAGUAUGACUGUUAGAAGUAUUGUAAGUCUUUCUUUUCUUUCUUUUUUUGUAGCGGCUGCAUACUUUCAUGUUAUGCUUUCAGUAUGCUCAUUAUUUUAAUAAAAAUUUAACGCAAACCAUA